AUGUGGGAUGGUGUGAAAAUUGUGCAUGGUAAACCACGCCACAGCCAAACACAUGGAUCCAUCGAAAGGGCAAACCAAGAUUUCCAAAAUAUACUGAGGGCUAUGAUGGAAGAUAAUGACACUACAAAAUGGUCAGAAGCAUUACCAUUUGUCCAAUUUGCGAAAAAUACGACGCAUCAUCAAGGUAUUAAGCAAACGCCAUACGAAGCUAUGUUAGGCACUAAAGCACAAAGAGCCCCUCAAACUGACCCAGAAAAUAAAGGAAGUGAUGACAAUGAAGUAGAGAAAGAGUCUAACGGUAAAAGCGACAAUAAUCUUGACAAUCAAGCAAAUAAUGAUGAAGAUAAGCUCAGGGAAAAAAGUGAUGACAAAAACCAAAAUGAAUUAUUAAACAUAAAUGAAAGGAGGAAGAAUAUAAUUAAGAAUAGAGCUUUGGCACUAAAUGGACUUCAAACACAAGCAAAUGUAAUGCUGCGAUCGUCGAACCAAAAAUUUCCGCCUGCUCAAGUAGGUGAUACUGUUCGAGUGCGUGUUCCAGAUAUCGAUCGAGGACGUAUGGAUUACCAAAAUAUCUUGGAUGUUGUAAUGGACGUUGAUAAUGACUUCUACAAAUUAGGAACAAAAUAUGGGAUUAUCAGUCAGCUGUACACUCGAAAUCAAUUUGCAGUGUGCAAAGAAAAAUUGAUAUCGUUAAACGACGUUUUAUUCGAUAAGACAAUGUCUUUGAGACAGGUAUCGACAGCUACUUCCAAAAGUGGUGCCCAAGGUUAUGUAAGAUGCAAUUGUAAAAAAAAAAUGUAA